UUCUAUAGAACAGUAGCCUCGCGUUUUUGAUUCACUUUUGGUUGCAUACUUUUCUUCUUAUAUUCGAGGAAUUGACGUGUAUACAAAUAUAUAUUUUUGUAGUUGGUAUUUUCAAGCUUUUUCCUUUACAUUUGCUUGAUCUCUAGUUUAACCGCUGGUCAGUUCAUUAAGACCUCUUGUUAUACGUUAUAUUUAUAUCUUCAGAGAAAAGGGUUAAUCUUUAGAAACCGCGUUGACCGUUGUUUAUUACAGAAAAGAAUUGAAAGAAUAAGAAAAACAUCGACUAAUAUUUCAUGACUAUGAUGAUCCGCUCAAAGCUUAUAUCUACACUAGGAGUUCGAAAUACUUGUUGGAAACCAAAUAUUGGUCGUUCUUUUCUCCGUCUCUAUAGUCAUGAGGUUCAAGGAACCCCUAAGAACGAGGUAUACGAGAGAUAUCAAGAAAAGUUAAAACAAAAGGCUGAACAGGAAAGUAUACCCUUGGAAAAACUCGUUCAGAAUGCACGCAAAAGCUCAACUCCGAAACAAGCGAUUUCUGAAUCACAAGAAUUAGCAGAAAAAUCACAAAAGAAGCCCCAGGUCAAGAAGGUAAAGAAAUUUCCUGAGUUAAACGACUUUAUAGACGUAAGCAAGUUUCAAAAUCUUCCGUCAUCUGUGAUUGAAAAAUUGUGGAGAGCCAGAAAUCUUCAGGAAAACAUUUUGAGUAGUUGUAUUGAAAAGCAAACAUACGAAAGGAUGAUCUCUCGUGCAAAAAAGUACCCACUUUUUGUGCUUCCUUUACCCAGAGAAAACCAAGGCAUGGAAACUCAUUUGAUUCAAUGGGGUUUCCCUAAUAAUAACACGGCCCAUCUUAUAAUUACUACCCUGUUAGAAUAUAAACUCAAGAAUGCUUAUGCUACUCCGCAUACUGUCCUCACUCACUUUUCAGAUUUACUUGAAUCAAAUGGCGUUGCCCUUAUGCGAUGUCAAUUUGAAGAGAAUAAAUCUUUAACUUCUUCCGACGUUCAGUUAUUAUUGCUCGCGGCUCAAAAGUUUUAUAACGCUUCAUCGGAUACCCCCUUGGGCAAGGAACGACUUUCUUUGCUUGAAAAUUUCGCAACCGGAAAAGACUUUGACCUUUACAAAGUGGCUGGACAUAUGGAUAUGCUUGAAUAAUUAAAUGAUUUAUGUUUACAAGAUACACAUUAAGCAUCAAAGCUAUUGGCAUGUUUAUUUUUUUUUACAGAACCCCCUCUUCAUUGAACCUUGAGCUAAUAGGCUAUAGGAACUAGAAAUAAUGAAACGAACAAGCCAAUACAAAACGAAAAACUAAUAAAGGACUUUAAAAUAUGUAAGAAUGACUUUCAUAUCUUACAUGAAGUCAUCAAAGUCAUCCGCGUAGUCAUCGUAUUCGUCCUCAACAUAAUCUUCGUAAACGGCAUCGUUGGCAGCUCCUCGCUUAGAGUUUGUGUUGACUGUAGGCUUGGCAGACUUUUUAGCGGCAGUAGUAGAAGGAGUAGCAACUGGUGCUUUCUUAGCAGGAGCAGCGGGAGCACCACGCUUUGACUGAGCUUUUUCUUGUUGUUCCUUUUGAGCUACUACUUUAUUAACGGAUUUUUGGAUAGACUUGACACUAGAAGCGUUCAAGCUUGUAAGCAUGAGAGGAAUUAGUUCCUGAACAAAGUCGCUGUACUCAGUGGAAUUCUGCGAGUGUUUAACUUUGCGAAGAAUUUCGGCUUGAAAUGCUGCAAAAUCAGCCUUGGUUUUCAAUUCACGCUGUUGCUCAGCUUGUCUAGCACGGUUACCGCUCGCGGUAUUUUGAUCGACGAUAUCGAAAAGGUCCAUGGCAUUGGCCAAGUCUGAGUCAAUUUCAGCCUGUCGCAUAUCUUCUUUCGAAGAUUUAGCUGCAUUGUUCGAUUUUGCAGCCUCCUCGCUAGCUUGAAUAGCCUUUUCAAUGUUGCGUUCUUGGAUACGUUGUUGCACACGAUCAGCUUUAGUGAGCUUCGGUUUGGUAGAAUCCGCGGAAGAGUUUUGGACGCCGUUAGUUUGAGGUUCUUCUUCUUCUACUUCGUCCUCUUCAUCGUCAAAUUUCUUUUUGGGUUUUUGAGGUUUUCCUAAAGGAAGUUCAACUUCGGUAGCCUUACCAGGCUCCUCAACCAAAAAGUCCUCUAAAUUAUUGUCAGUUUCUAUUUUCUAUAGUCUUACAUACCCCAGCUAUCCAUUAUACAAUGUAUCUUCUAUAAUUUUUGUGUCUGCAAUUUUUGGUGGUAAGGAAAGAAUAGAGAUGUCACAGAAUGCCACUGAAUAAACCAUCGUGAAAAAUGCUACCUUUCUGUCAAUUUCAAAAAAAAAAUCUUGAUACUUCUUCCUAGUUUAAGCACUAUAAAAAAAUAAAUUUAAGCUAGUGGCACAAAGGAUGCACGGAACAAGGAAAGGAUUGCUUGCAGAGUACACUGAGUUCUUUUACCCUUUCAAUGAAACUAUUCGUAAGCAAAGGAAAUUACAGCAUUUUUGAAACUGGGAGUGUAGCUGUAUUCUUGUUUUUCUUUUAUUCACACGAUUUGCAAGGGAAAUCUGUGCUCAUGUAGUUCGUAUAAGAAACGCUCUUGUAAAGUAGUCAAAAAGAAGAGAGCCAUAAUUAAUGGUUUGUUGAUAAUACAGAUUAUGUGUAUGUAAAACUCGUUGAACCCAUACAUAUUUCUGGUUUGGCGUGCUUCUGAGGUAUUCACAUUUAACAAAGUCGAAAUUAAUAACUUUGAUGAAUGCAUCAAUUAAACGACCGGUGAAAUGUAUUCGAAAAGGAACAGCUAGGGAACUAGUCGUCUAUUUUUCUUAUAAAGUAUCCGCGGCUUUUACAAGGUCUUUUUCUUUUCUUUUUUGAGACAAAGACACGAGUCAAUGAC